CUCCUGUCCAUUCGACCCCUCUGCCCCACAAAAAAUACUGUCCUCUUGCUUGUUGACAGUUUUCGAAGCAGAUAAGAAAUUGAGCGCUGGGUCUGUUUGAGAGUUAGGCUCGGCUCAUUCCUAAAUGAUUAUCAAGAACAGCAUAGGAAUAGCCAAAAUUAGUAGCUCUUUUGUCAGUUAAACCAGUCACUUUUUUUUGUAAGGCGACAUCUUGCACUCUGGAGAUAGAAGUCUAAUUGAAAGCAAAGCAGAGAGAAGCACGAUGAAGAUGUGCCACAGCAUGGACAUGAACAGACCUUCUUUCUGUGCUUAUCAUCAGUUCAAAACCAUAGUAGCACUUAAACAGACCCCAAAACCUGCAUUUCGUAAUCGUCUACAGUUUUCUAUGUGGUGUCGUGCAUUGGACACAUCCUGUCCAUCUGUAAGUUAUAAAUAUGUUAAUGGUGGCAGCCGCAGGAGGAGCAAUAUCACCCAGUUUACAGCUGCUCACAAUUGGACUGACGUGAUGACAGAAGUAUUGAUGGACGAUGAUGAUGAUGAUUAUGAGGAGUCAUCUGAAAUGGAGGACCCACCAAAAGCUGAGGUUGGUGAUGGUGAAGAAGGUGGUGGAGCAUCUCUGGGAGGCACUGCAUGGGGAGGAAAGGCUUUAGCUAUUGCAGAGGAAGUCAUUGGCCUGUUUAAGGAUGAUUUGGAAAUUUUUGCCUUCAAAGCUUUAAACAGGGGCCGAGUUUGUGUCCGACUUGACAAGCUAUCAAACAAGUAUGGUUCCCCCAGCAUAGAUGAAAUUGAAAAAUUCUCCAACAUUUAUUCUGAGCAUCUGGAUAAAGCCAAAGAGUCUGGAGAUUUGCCACACAAUUUAGUUUUAGAGGUUUCAACUCCAGGUGCAGAAAGGGUUGUUAGAGUGCCUAAAGACUUGAUACGUUUCAAGGAUUUGCCCAUGUAUGUUAAAUACAAGGUGGAGACUACCAUAUCUGAAAACGGAAGCCAAGAACAGGAUAUAUACUUGAUGGAAGCUGCCAUAGAAGAUGAUGGAAGCGAAGAACAUGAUGGCAUUUUUGUAUUAGAUAAUGUUGAAAUGGAAUUAGGAUACUGUACAUGGAAGUUAGCCAAUGUUAGGUUGAAUAGGGAGUUGCUAGGGAAAGGGAGAACUCUAAAUAAAAAGAAAAGAGAGUGGAGAUUGCGGGUGCCUUUCACUUCCUUAGUGCUUGUUCGAUUGUAUUUGGAUCUCUAACAUGUUGAAUGACUGCACCAUGAGUAUAUGGCCUUAAGGGAGUUGUUCUUUCCAUUUUUAUUGCCUGCUGCCCUAUGAGAACAUUUUUGUAGUAUCCACUUGAUAGGGAAUGAGUUGAAUUACAUACCGGCCAUCUUAUAGAAUUAGACUGAUGUAGAGUUAUGAGGCAUUAUCAGCUAGCUUAACAAAAGAGUUGACUGAGUCAGAGGAAUACUUGUACUCAUGAUAGAUUAUGAUAUAUCGCCCCAACAAUACAAAUUUGGUGUGUAUGUCUUAUGAUUUUGAUCCCAUUUGAUAUAGUUCUUGCCCAUCAAGUAAUGAUGCGGGCAUGGUUUGAAUUGGAGUGAUAAAAUACGAGUCAAGCUGGUAAGAAUAUGAUUAGUUUCUGAUUUUUAAUUUGUGAUACAGAGUCUAAUUGAAGAUUUGAUUCUUACAUUCACCUUUCAUAUGUGUAUAAUACACCUUUCAAUUAUUGUAAAUUAACUAGAAUUCUGUUA